UGUGUUCCGUCCGGCAGCGUUCGCGCCACUUCGCAUUCCAUCCGCUGAGAAUGAGUAACUCGCAUACCACAACACCAUAACAAUGGAUUCAAGGAAUGAAAUUAAACUUAUAUCAUUAGUGCAGCAGUAUCCAUGUCUGUAUGAUAUAUUUGAUCCUUCUUACGGAGAUGCUCAACAGAAGGCUAGUGCUUGGGACGAAAUAGGAAACUCAAUGUCUAGCAGACCAAGAGAGUGUAAGAUGAAAUGGACUCGCCUAAGAGAGAAUUAUAGAAAAGCUAUGAAAAUGAGGGAAACAUCCAAAAAGGGCUCUAUAGCCCGACCCGUGAAGUAUGAAAACCAUUUAGCAUUUCUGAAGGCAUUCAUAAAAACACAUACGACUCCUGCUACUGCACAAUCUGAUGACUCAAGUUCUAUAUCUGGCGAAAAUUCGUCAGUUAUUAGUAAUCUAAAUGAAAGUGGAGUAUCUGAGGGUAGAAUCAGGAGGCAUACAUCACGUACGCAGAAUUUGAUAAUGCCUUCUGAUCCAAUUGAUUCGUUUUUUAGUGCAAUAGCGACUACUGUAAAAACAUUUCCAAAACAGUUGCAACUAAGUGUGAAACGUCAAGUUUUUGAUGUUGUUAGCAAUGCGGAGUUUUCGUUACUACCCUCAACUUCUAAAACUAACAUAACAAAACAGUCUGAUCUCACAUUUUCUAAUAACGAUGAACUGAUUAUUUCUACAGAAGUAAAAACAGAGAUAAAUGAGGAACCGUGAUGUUUGCAAUAUUAGAAGAGAAAUUAUUAUAUAAAUAUAUAAUUUGUUAAUUACGAGACAUUUUAUAGCUCUUUCCUUUUUUGUGAAUAUAGAUAGAUUGUGUAUAGAUUGUUUGCGGUAACAAGAUAGUUAGAAGUUCAUGGCGGAAUAAAGAGUCGAAGAUUUUAUAGAAGUCCUUAGGUAUGUUGCUAUACAUAGUCGUGUGUAUUAGUCAGACAGGCAUCUAUUUAAAAUUCAAAGCGGAUAUUUUUUUCAGAUUUUGAAUUAAACUAAUAUUAUUGUGAUAUAUAAUGGUUUAGUUUCUCGUUGUUAUU